AUGCCGCGACUACUCUCCUCUGCCAUGGCGCUUCGGCGCGAUCCGCGGAUGCUGAAGCUACCUCCAUAUCUGUCCCUCGUCUGUAUCGCUGUAGGUUUUGCCUGGCUUCUCUUACUUCCACUCGAGAAUUACUCCAGACGGACGUACAUAUCCGAAAACGCCUUGCUACCGGGACAAGUGCAUACAUACUUUGGGGGAAGCGAACAAAACAUAUUCAGAGCCUACAGACGAGAAGUGGAUUUGCUUGAGAACAAAGAUAAUUACCAGAUCAAUGACCGAAUCGAGAUUUUCCUAAAAGAAGUCGGCGUCAAAGUUGGGCGACAAAACUAUACCUACCAUUAUGCAGGAAACGAGCAUUCUGGUGAGAACAUAUACGGCAUUCUUCAGGCGCCUCGUGGCGAUGCUACGGAAGCCAUCGUUCUGGUGGCGGCAUGGAAGACGGUCAAUGACGAAAUAAACCGCAAUGGAGUCACUCUUGCGCUGACUCUCGCGCGCUAUUUCAAAAGAUGGUCUCUCUGGUCCAAGGAUAUUAUUAUUGUCAUCCCACCCGAUAGCAAAGCUGGGACCCAAGCAUGGGUCGACGCAUACCAUGACGCACACGAUCCGGAAUACGUUGCCCCGCUGCCGCUGAAAUCUGGUGCUCUUCAAGGUGCUCUGGCUCUUGAUUACGCAGUGGAUCAUCGGUUCGAAGCACUGCAUAUUAUUUACGAUGGAACGAAUGGCCAGUUGCCAAAUCUAGAUCUGAUCAACUCGAUGGUCAAUAUCGCCGGUGGUCAGAUGGGCGUUCACACUGCCAUUCAAGGUAUCGAAAGUCACUCAAACAAUUACCAGGACAGGCUGCAUACGAUUCUGCGAGGUAUGAUGAGGCAAAGCCUUGGGCUUGCAACAGGCCCUCAUAGCAGCUUCAUUCCAUACCAUGUCGAUGCAAUUACUUUACAACCAUACGGAGAAGGCUGGCAUGAUGAGAUGACUUUGGGAAGAGUUAUUGAGGGCACUUUUCGGAGCCUGAACAACUUGUUGGAGCAUCUUCACCAAAGCUUUUUCUUCUAUCUUCUCAUGCAUAGAGAUCACUUUGUCAGCAUUGGCACAUACCUUCCAAGCGCCAUGCUUUUGGCUGCCAACUUCAGCAUUAUGGCUAUUUUCUUGUGGGUUAAGAGUGGACAAGCCCCCGAAACUAAGGUGCAGACUUUGAAUAAAUCCAAAACAUCGGGCGCUUUCCGUCAUACCAUUGUUCACAUUCAACAACAUAUCUACUUCAAUCUUGUCGCCUACGUUCGCAACAUUCACCUUGGCAUCAGUGAUCUUGCCAUGGCUAAUAUCGCACCUAUUGUCGCAUUACAAAGCGACAGCCCAGCAAUUUCAGCUGAUCAAGUCGUUCUCUCUCCUGUUUCUCGGCAUGUCCCUUGCUACUUUGGCAACGCUCAAUUUCUCUCUAGCAUUUCUGGUCGGAAUGCUUGCAACGCCUUUCACCUUUGUGCGAACCUCGAGCAACCUCGCUCUUAG